AGGAAAAAAAGUUAAUUAUAUGGAUUGAUACUUAGCUUUGAAUUUGGUCCACUCAGAGCUCUAAGCAUAGACAGAGUGGAAGAAAAAUGGCGUCUCAGUUCUUCAAACCACCAGCAAACGCCACACGUGGCGGCGGAGAUGCUGUUUAUGUGGCGUCUGUGCCGCUCAGAGCAACGGCUGGUCCACCGCAGCUUAUCAUGUCAAUGGCUUACUCACUUAAUAUAAGGAAUUUACAGCAUUUCAUGGUUCUCAUUAAACCAUCUUCUCCAAAUCGUCAAGAGGUACUCGUGUUUGAUUUCCAGCCUGUUAAUCCAGAAAGCAUAGAAGCAGCGAUCUCAGUUUUUUCAAGAAAAUCGGUUCCAGGUGUAGUGAUGCAAAGAAAAUUGAAAAAUGUUCCUAAACAAAGAUGUUGGAUGGUUGGAUUAUCCAAAGGGAAUAAUGCCAUGGAAAUGGCAAUUGAGUUUAAUAGCUCAUGGGAAACUGAUCUUAGAAUUGGCUUUCAUGAUUGCCGACAUUAUACCAAUGAACUUGUUCAACAUCUUACUGGAGAAAUUCAAAUUGUUGAGCGACUCACAAGAAGCUACAGCAGUUAGCAUUCACCUCAUGAAUGGAUGAAACAUAUGUUCACUACCAAGAUAAAUGGCCAGCAUUUAAUGUUGAUCAAACGAGGAACACAAAGAGAGUGACAAAACUGACCAACCAUAUCUUCUAUUUUAAUCUUCCUCUACAGACUACAGAUUUUCCUUGACAAUAAACAUGCAAGCAUGAAGCAUGUCAAAUACAGAAUUCAAUAUAAUUCUCCUUAGAUUCCUAGUUGUUGAAAAAAAAGAUGGCUAGUUUAAAAGCCAAAAUGUCUUAAAAUUCAAACUUCUCAGUUCUUUU